CGUUCUCCGCGAUCAGUGCGGGACACACUGCUUUCUUUAAAUGUGAAUAUCGAAUUACCGUAACUGUGAACUAGUUUGAACGUGUGAGUGAACUUUCCCGUAGUGCUGUACACUUGUAAACAAUGAAAAUGAGGUUUCUUACAAUGUUAUGUGUUUUCUUUUUUUACGUGAAGCCAAAUACGGGUCGUGAACACAAUAAAAAUUACAACCCUAUUUUAAACACCGAUUUUCUGCUUCACGAAAGCGGCGGAAUCCCCAAUACACCGAAAAGAGAUAAUUUACCGACUAAUACAAACAUCGAAACGAAUGGUAAAAAUAAUUAUAACUAUCAAUUUCCACAGUUAGGUUCGACGCACAAGAGCCAACAUACAAAUACAAACCAGCAAUCUUUACAGUCGAACGGUAAAAGAGAUUAUGUAUCUCCACAAUUUACAACACCGAAGCCCAGUUCCAGUCAAACUCUGAUCCCUCAAUCCACUCGAAAUCCUAAUCAUAAUCCCAGUAGCAGCACACGAGGUAUAACCCCUCUGUCUCCUACUACCAAACUUCAAACAAACCAUCAAACAACAGGAAAAGUAAAAGACCUCAUACACUUUUACGAUGGUAAAUCAAAAGAUCAAAACGCUCCCCAAUCUACACCAAGCUACAGUUCAAUUUUGCAAGGAACUGGAAACAAUAAUUUUCCAACUUCGGGGUCUGUCGGUUCGACGAAAAUUACUCAGCCUUAUACGCAAACAACACCGAAACCACCCACUACGAAGCCGUUUAGUUAUAGCGCGAUGGCGAGCGGUUCAAACAAACCGAGCACUCUAUCAGUUUAUACAACCCCUAAACCUUCUACAAGAGGACCGGUUCUGCCAAGUGUAAUUCUAAAUAAUAAUAGGAACACAAACACUGGUAGCGAUUCACGGUCAACUUCUGAUACUGAACUGCAGACACUGAGUGAAGAACUUCUUCGGAAAGAUACAAACAAUGCUGCCAAAUAUAUCACGAUGAACUUUCAAGAAAAAACGACAUCACAAUCGAAAGAAGACAAAGCCCCGUUGCCGCUGCUAAAUAUAUCAUCAGCGGCAUGGAAUAUUCCAACAAUAGAAAAAAUUGUCCCACUCUUGGACAAUUACGAAAGAAGCACGCUAGUAAAUGAACAUGUGACGCCACAGGAACGAAACGAGGAAAAUGCGUUUAUGGACGCCAUCAUGGCCACAAGUGUUAUGAGGCAUUUAAUGAAUUUUUUGAAAGAAAAAGGUUAUGUCACACCGGAUCCUAGACAACAAAGAGAUUUUGUAAAGCAGCUCUGGUUUAGCUUGUACUCGAGGGGAAAAGGAAAAAUCAGUAGUUCAGGAUUUGAACACAUAUUCGUAUCUGAAUUAAAAAAUGGCGAAGUAUCUGGUCUACAUAAUUGGAUUUAUUUUUCAAAGGAAGAGGAAGCGAACCGACUGAAUUACUUAGGUUACUUGAAAUACAGACAAUUUGGCGAGCGUGGAGCAGUGAUUAAAUUCCACUUCACCCAACAAGGAGUGGACAAGCCGGUUAACUCUAUGUUCAUUGGUACAUCACCUGAGUUGGAAAUGGCAUUGUAUACUUUGUGCUUCGUGACUCGUGCCGACAGCGAGUGUAACCUAAAACUGGCCAACAACGAUGUCAGUAUCAUGACUCACACUUUCCGUUACAGGAGUAAAAAUCUAAUCGGUAGUGGCUAUCCACAGAUCUAACUUGUCACUGCCGCUUGCAAAAUUAUUGCUUAUUUAGGCAACUAGAUAAAACCCAUGUCAUUAUAUUAUAAUGAAGGUAAUAUAUUUGAGUCGUCUAUUAUCAAAGGUGGCAAUCUGUGCAUUUGGACAAAAAAAAUUUAUUGAU